AGACGCUGCAGCCGCUCAACUCGCAGUGUCUCUUCUCGCUUUCUGCGUCGUGCAACUGAUUUAAGUUCUGAAUUCGCUGCUUAUCGGUUCCGGAAUGUCCAGCAGCAGGGAUUCGUUCAGCAUCGCUCACCUGCUUGCCAGGCCGCAGCCCGUGUGCCCUGCCGACUCGAGCGGGCUGCAGCCUCCACCCUACCUGAGUCAGGGGCAGUACCUGCAGACGACGACUCUCGUGGGAGAAGAGGCACAUGGCGUCGAUUCUACUUCGCCCAGCAUUGGGGCUGAUUCUGAAGAAAGUUGCACCGCCGAAGAUGACAGGAUGUCGUCACCAACAAGCAAGGAGUCUGAUGAGCGAAAGAAGAGACCGCGAACUGCCUUCACAGCCACUCAAAUAAAAGCUCUGGAGGCGGAAUUUGAGCGCAACAAGUACUUGUCCGUUUCCAAAAGACUCCAUUUAUCCCGGACCCUGCACCUCACAGAAACACAGAUUAAAAUAUGGUUUCAAAACAGACGCACUAAAUGGAAAAGAAAGUACACAAACGAUUUGGAACUGGUGGCGCAGCAGUACUACAGUGCGCUGGGGGUUGCAGCCCCUCGUCCUUUGUUCCUCGGAGACAGACUUUGGUUUUUCAAUUACCCACCAGUGCCGAGCGGACCCUUUCUGCACUCGGGACAAGUGGUGCCUCCGAGUCAGGGUCUGCCAUUGGGCUACAUGCACCCACCGCCUCAUGGACCUCCCUCGCCAGCACCUGGCCUGCUGCAAGAACAUUACAUGAUGGGCCAGCCUCCUGGGCCCCAGGUUCCACCAUUUCUGCAGAGGUUUGAGCCAGACUUCAACCAGCACCAAGCGGCAGGGACAAGUCGAGAUCAAAGCUGAAUUCUGUCCAUGCUUUUGUAUGUAUUUAUGUGUGAAUGGUUGGUUCAAAUCAUUUGAACGUUUUUUGUGCUUUAUAAACUGCUCUCAUUUAUCAAUCUUAAUUUGAAUUGAUUGUGAGGAAUCGCCAUUUUUUAAAUUUCGCUUUUUGUUUGUAUUUCCAAAUUCAAAAAUAAAAUAUUAGUUAAAAAUUGA